CACAUGUUCAGCCCUGGUGUAGUGCCAACUUCACAAACAUUACGCCGACAUAAGUUGACAACGUUGGCGAAAUAAAAAAAUACAAAAAUAGUGUAAAUUGCAUCAUUUUUGCAGAAAAAUAUAAAUAAUAGCAAAUUCGUUAGCUCAUAAUGACGAACGAACUGUCAGAAAAGAUUUUAGAACAUUUAUCAAAAUGUGAUAAAGUGAAUUCUCUCGAUUUGGCGAAUAUUUUUCAAGAGGAUCAUCAAAAGGUGAUUGGUGCUAUCAAAAGUAUUCAAACGAUAGGAAACAUAAUAAAUGUUGAGCAAAUAAGUACGAAAAAAUGGGAACUUACCGAGGAAGGUCAUCACGUUUUAAAAUUCGGAAGUCAUGAGGCUGCGGUGUAUAAUGCAAUUUCCGAAGAUGGUACACCUCAACCUGAGAUUAUGAAAAUUGUCCCCUACGCAAAAGUCGGAAUUUCUAAAGCUCUCGCGGCUGGAUGGAUUGAAAUAGAUAAAAAUAAUAAGUCAUUGAUUAAAAAGAAAGUGUCGUCUAUUAACGAUGUUGCACAGAGUCACUUGAUGAAUCUCACUGACGUACCAGAUAAUGUUAAACAAGAUUACAAGAAAAGGAAACUUCUCCAACAAACAGUGAUAAAAAGUGUAAUAUUGACUAAAGGCGAGUCCUUUAUGACGAAAAUUGUAAAACAAGAAGCUGAUGUAACUGCUGAUUUAUUGCUCAACGAUGCUUGGAAGGAAAAGAGCUUUAAGCCCUACAAUUUUGAUGCUUUGGGUUCAGCUUUAGAUAUCGGUCAUCUUCAUCCAUUGUUAAAAGUGCGCAGUGAAUUUAGAAAAAUAUUUCUCGAAAUGGGAUUUACGGAGAUGCCAACGAACAAUUAUGUCGAAAGUUCUUUCUGGAAUUUCGACGCUCUAUUUCAACCACAACAACAUCCGGCCAGAGACGCUCAUGACACUUUCUUUAUAUCCGAUCCGAAAUUGAGUACAAACUUUCCGGAGGAUUAUCUGCAGAAAGUGAAGAAAGUUCACAGUGUUGGUGGCUAUGGAUCGCAGGGCUACAGAUACGAUUGGAAAAUAGAGGAGGCGCAAAAAAAUCUUCUUCGAACUCACACGACAGCCGUUAGUGCACGAAUGUUACAUAAAUUAAUGUCAAACGGUGAAUUUAAACCCGUCAAAUAUUUUAGUAUUGAUCGUGUUUUUCGUAAUGAAACAUUAGACGCGACUCAUUUGGCGGAAUUUCAUCAAAUCGAGGGUGUCGUCGCUGAUUACAAUCUUUCGUUGGGCGAUUUAAUUGGCGUUAUUUACGAAUUCUUCCGAAAACUCGGUAUCACUCAACUUGAAUUCAAACCGGCUUAUAAUCCAUACACGGAGCCAAGUAUGGAAAUAUUCUGUUAUCACAAUGGUCUUGGAAAAUGGAUUGAAAUUGGAAACAGUGGAAUGUUUAGGCCUGAAAUGUUACUUCCAAUGGGAGUUCCAGAAAAUGUCAACGUCAUUGCCUGGGGAUUAUCACUGGAGAGGCCCACAAUGAUCAAAUACGGUCUAAAUAACAUUAGAGAUUUAGUGGGACCAAAAGUCGAUCUGCAAAUGGUUCACGACAAUCCUUUCUGCCGAUUGGAAAAAAACACUUCCCGAUCGGUGCGAAAGAAUGAAAAAGAAAGCGAGGAAUUAUUCACGUGUUCCACUCAGGAAAAAAUUCAGGACAAUUGGAAAAAAAUGGUUAUUUUCUGCGAUCCAAAAUAUCCACCGUAUUCUUUAGAAACAAUAUUAUCGAUUUUAAAGAAAAUAUUUAAAAUUUCUGUAAAUGUACAUUUACAUUCGUCGGUAGAGAAAAUUGCUCCUUCACUUGUGAAAUUUUGUUCGGAAUUUAUUGACAAAAAAGAAAAUGAUCUCACGAUUAUUGUUAUUUGGCGAAAUGUGGGUGUUAAUCCGCGAAUGAAUAUCACUGGUUCGCAUCAGGAAAUUGUGGGUGAAAUUAAUAUUGCAAGAUUUUUUAAUCGUUUAAUCGAGAGGAGAAAACCAAAUUUAUUAAGGUACGAAAGUAAGGGUGUUAAUUACGCGAAUAAAAUUGACAAUAUUCUGGAUAGAAUUCAUGAAAUUUCAUUUAAUUCUAAUAGUCGAAAUAAAUUUAAUAGUUUACGUAAUUUUCAAGUUGGACCUUAUUUCUCAGGCAAUGAAAUUUCAAUAGCCGAUAUCGUUUUUCAAUCAGUUUGUCGACAAGGUUUGUAAUUAGAAACAAUUAUUAAAGACUGAUAUUUUAAAAAUAAAUUUUAUAAAAUUGACAAAACAAAA